CAGGCGUGUGCACAGCUCUCGCUGUGCAAUCAAUCAGGUACAUGUUGUGUCUGUCUGUGCUGUGUCAGAUGCUCUCUUAAGUUUCUCUCUCUACUCGUAAGUUGCACAGGCAGCACACACUGUCAGCACACUGGUCGGUCACUCACACAUACAAGAGUUCACUCAGGUCACUUGGGUGGGGAUGAGUCUGAUCAUGACGAUGGACACGUUGUCCUGCGAUUUCUUGUCGAGCAACACGUACUCCACCUGACACACAGAUGGCAUGCAGCAUGACACACGCGACAACACAUCAUGAUCCACACACACACACACACACGCACACAUCAGCUGAGUGCGUCGACCACCGCCCGAGCGGACUGACCGACCAGUGUCCUGCAGAUGCCCUUGAUGUCGAAGCUCCUGUCGCCCUCGACCGUCUGACGCCGCAUCUCCUGCACACAACACGUACAGACACACGUGUGCCUUCCUGCCUGCUUGUUGAUUGGUUCAGCCAUCCACUCCACCAUGCAGCCCCCCGACUCACCCACCCACCUUUUGGACGAGGUCGUGUGUCAUGGCCAUGGCCUCCUCGGCUACCAAACAAGUCCAAAAGCCGUCACAUCCCAACAGUAGAAACUCAUCCUAUAGGCACAUACGCACACACACACAGAGAGAAGGGUCAUGGGAAGUCUGGCUUGCGUGUGUGUGUGUGUGCGUGUGACCUCUGCUGGGCUUAUGGUGCACUUCUGAAAGGUCGGCGUGCAGAGGACGCCGUAUUUCUUGAGGCUGAUGUCGCCGAAGGACCUCGUGACCUCUAGCGCACCGUUCACCCGGCCGUUCUCGAUCUGCACACAGACAGGCACAAGGUCUCAGGACUCUCUGUGAGUGUGGAUUGGUAUGGUGUUGGGGUGCCGUGUGUGCAUCUCACCGACCGUUCCUCCCGUCUUGAUGAUCCUGUCUUUCUCGGCAAUCACCCAUGGCUUGUGCGCUUCCGUCAGGGGAAUCGCUGACACACGUCCAACACGCACACACCAUUAGAAUCUCUCCCUCUCUCUCUCUCUCUCUCUCCUCUCACCAUGAGUCUUUGAGAGAGAUGCCUUGCGUCUGCCAAGGAAUGCGCCUGAGUCGCCCAGGUUGGCGAUGUAGCACUUGUCCUGAAAGAGCAGCACCACAACCGCCGUGCAGCCAUCUGCACACACACACAAAGACAGCCAGAGAUGGACAAGUGUAUGCGUGUGUUGUGGGGGCUGGUUGCGGGCGUGUUGAGUUGUGUUGAGUUGAGUUGAGUUGUGUUGAGUUGUGUUGUGUAGUUGACCGCACCGACCUCUGCAUGAGGGGAUAUCGGUAGCAAUGCGGCCAUCAAGCUUGGAGAAGGCGCUCUUGACGACCUGCGACGCGACGCGGGCGGGACAAUACACCACACCACACACACCACACCACACCACCCACAGCCAUCCACACACACACACACAUCCCACCUAUGCGCCCACACACCUUUUUGAUCUCUUUGUCGCCGAGUGGUGCAUCGUCCACCAUCGGCCUGGCCUCCUCCUUUCCUUCUCCCUCUCCCUCCGCGCCACCAACCGUCAGAGCCGCCACUUGAGCAGCCAGCUGCACACACACACAGAAAUGUCCACAUGCACACACACACACACACCAUGGUGCUCUCUGAUCCUCUUCGUUCUGACUGACUUCCGUGGGCAGGUUGUCGCGUAUGAAUGUGGCCGACUGCCGCCCGCCGUGGCCAUCGAACACACCAAACACCCUGAUGCACCCACCAGCGAGCAGGGAGGGAUGAGCCAGGUGAGCAGAGGGGGGCGGUGCACAGCAGGUGGCUGGGUGUGGCCGUGUUUGCUAUGUAUGUCUGUCUGUUACGCACGCGCAAUCGUGUAUGGGUUUGAUGGCAGGGUUGACGGCCCGGAGGCUGAGGCAGAUGAGGUGCUCGUCCUCCAUCUGCUUCCGCACGCCCUUCUCACCUGCAUGACACACACGCACACACACACACAGCACCACACAAGAACGAUGCAUGGAUCCUGUAUGGCCCAUCGUCGACUGCCUGGCUCAUUCAUGCACCAUACCAUAUGCGUCUGCAAGGAUGGUGAAGCCGCCUGCAGGCGCAGACACACAGCAGAGAGAGAACCCAUCACAGAUCUAUGCGUAGAUAAACCACUGUGUCUGUCAAUCUUCCUCCAGUGCAUUGCCUGGCUCCUGGCUCACUGACUUAAUGGCGGGAGUGUGUGUGCUUCUGGCGUGUCGGUGGGCGGCACUGCCACCCUCUUGACCGCUCGUGAGUCAGCGGCAGGUAAUGAUGCCGCGGCAGCUGAUCGCUUCCCCGUCACAACCUCCAUCCUGGAAUGAACUGCCAAAGAUCUGGUUGGUUGGUUGGUUAUUGAUCU